CCCAAACAGAAGAGAAAAAGCGAGAAGGGAAAAGCAGUACAGGUGGCGCGCUUCUCUCGUCACCACUCUCUUUGUUGCGUUGCAAAUAAAUAAAGAAAGCCGUUUUAACCCAACCCCCGGAAGAAAGCAUAUUCGGAAAUCCCCAAACCCUUAACAGAUCUCAGUGCUCAUUCAAUGAAACAUCUUACAAUGGCUCCGAUUCCGUCGGAGAACGGGGUCGAGGGGGACGACGAGAGAGAAGAGGAAGAGGAUGAUUCCGAGGAGGAGGAAGAAGAGGAGGAGGUGGUGGAGGAGGAGGAGGAGGAGGAAGAGGAGGAGGAAGAGCCGCGGCUCAAGUACCAGAGAAUGGGGGGCAGUAUUCCCACGCUGUUAUCCAGCGACGCCGCGUGCUGUAUCGCGAUUGCGGAGCGGAUGAUCGCGCUCGGCACUCAUGACGGCACCGUGCAUAUUCUUGAUCUUCUUGGCAAUCAGGUUAAGGAAUUCCGUGCUCACAAUGCUACUGUCAAUGAUCUUAGCUUUGAUGUAGAAGGUGAAUAUAUCGGAAGUUGUUCAGAUGAUGGAUAUGUUGUAAUAAACAGCCUUUUUACGGAUGAGAAAAUGAAGUUUGAGUAUCAUCGCCCAAUGAAGGCCAUUGCUCUAGACCCAGAUUAUGCAAGAAAGACAUCUAGAAGAUUUGUUGCUGGUGGUUUAGCAGGUCAUUUAUUUUUUAAUACAAAAAGAUGGCUAGGUUACAAGGAUCAGGUUCUACACUCUGGUGAAGGUCCUAUACAUGCAGUGAAGUGGAGAACAAGUCUCAUUGCUUGGGCUAAUGAUGCAGGUGUAAAAGUUUAUGAUACUGCUAAUGAUCAGCGUAUAACAUUUAUUGAAAGGCCGCGAGGAAGCCCACGUCCUGAGAUUUUGGUCCCUCACUUAGUGUGGCAGGAUGAUACUCUCUUGGUCAUUGGUUGGGGAACAUCUGUGAAGAUUGCUUCAAUAAGAGCAAAUCAGUCCAAUGGAACCAAUGGGACUUACAGGAAUGUUUCCAAGUCCAGCAUGAACCAGGUGGAUAUUGUGGCGUCAUUUCAAACCAGCUAUUUCAUUUCAGGAGUUGCUCCUUUUGGUGAUUCUUUGGUUGUUCUAGCCUAUAUUCCUGGAGAAGAAGAUGGAGAGAAGGAAUUUAGCAGCACCAUUCCAUCACGCCAGGGAAAUGCGCAAAGACCUGAAGUACGCAUAGUCACAUGGAAUAAUGAUGAGCUUGCGACAGAUGCCUUGCCUGUACAUGGCUUUGAGCAUUACAAGGCAAAGGACUAUUCCCUUGCACAUGCUCCUUUCUCAGGUAGUAGCUAUGCUGGUGGUCAGUGGGCAGCUGGAGAUGAACCAUUGUAUUAUAUUGUAUCGCCGAAGGAUGUAGUUAUUGCAAAACCAAGGGAUGCUGAAGAUCAUAUCUCUUGGCUCCUUCAACAUGGGUGGCAUGAAAAAGCUUUAGCAGCAGUUGAAGCAGGGCAAGGGCGGAGUGAACUCCUUGAUGAGGUGGGAUCAAGAUACCUGGACCAUUUGAUUGUGGAAAGGAAAUAUGCUGAAGCUGCAUCUUUGUGUCCCAAAUUGUUGCGUGGAUCUGCUUCAGCAUGGGAAAGAUGGGUUUUCCACUUUGCUCAUCUCCGUCAGCUCCCUGUUUUAGUUCCAUACAUGCCAACAGAGAACCCAAGAUUGCGUGAUACUGCUUAUGAGGUUGCUCUUGUAGCCCUGGCAACAAGUCCAUCAUUCCACAAGGAUCUAUUGUCAACUGUUAAAUCUUGGCCACCUGUGAUUUAUUCUGCAUUGCCUGUUAUCUCAGCCAUAGAACCUCAGCUUAAUACUUCAUCCAUGACUGAUACGCUGAAAGAGGCUCUAGCUGAGUUUUAUGUAAUCGACACACAAUAUGAGAAAGCUUUUGCACUAUAUGCUGAUCUUAUGAAACCGGACAUAUUUGACUUCAUUGAAAAGCAUAACUUACACGAUGCCAUUCGUGACAAGGUUGUCCAACUGAUGAUGCUAGAUUGCAAGCGUGCAGUUCCAUUAUUGAUCCUACAUAGGGACUUCAUUACUCCAUCUGAAGUUGUCUCACAACUUCUGGAUGCCAGCAAAAAGUGUGAUUCCAGAUAUUUCUUGCAUUUAUAUUUGCAUGCAUUAUUUGAAGUCAGUCAACAUGCUGGGAAGGAAUUUCAUGACAUGCAGGUAGAGCUUUAUGCAGACUAUGAUCCAAAGAUGCUGCUUCCUUUUCUUCGCAGCAGUCAACACUAUACACUCGAGAAGGCAUAUGAAAUUUGCGUCAAAAGGGAUCUUUUGAGAGAGCAAGUCUUCAUCCUUGGACGGAUGGGAAAUUCGAAACAAGCCCUUGCUGUAAUCAUUAAUCAAUUAGGGGAUAUAGAAGAGGCUGUAGAAUUUGUGAAUAUGCAGCAUGAUGAUGAACUUUGGGAAGAAUUAAUCAAGCAAUGUCUUAACAAACCUGAAAUGGUAGGCGUGUUGUUGGAGCACACUGUUGGUAAUCUUGAUCCUCUCUACAUUGUAAAUAUGGUGCCCAAUGGCUUGGAGAUACCUAGGCUAAGGGAUCGCCUAGUCAAAAUUAUCACUGAUUACAGGACUGAAACAUCUCUUAGACAUGGAUGCAAUGAUAUUCUCAAGGCUGAUUGUGUAAACCUGUUGGUUAAAUACUAUAAAGAAGCAAGACAUGCAAUUUACUUGAGCAACGAAGAAGAUGAAGUGCGAGCGAAAAGGGGUGACAGUAGGGCUUCUCAGGCAACUGAGAGACCACUGAGCAUGAAAACCAUGGAGGUUAAAUCAAAAACUAGGGGAGGUGGAAGGUGUUGCAUGUGUUUUGAUCCCUUCUCUAUACAGAAUGUUUCGGUCAUAGCAUUCUUUUGCUGUCAUGCUUAUCACAUGAACUGUCUUAUGGAUUCCACUUAUUCAGUCAGUGGCAAGCAAGGAAAGGGAGCCACUUCCCAGGAAACAGCAUCAGAUUAUGAUGAGUAUGAUAACAGUGUUGAUGGUGAGGAUGAUGCCUCAUCGGGUGCCCCUCGGAUGCGUUGUAUCUUGUGUACUACUGCUGCCGGUUGAGUAUAGGUUUUUUGGUGUGUGAGAGUGUGCGUGUGUUUUUAAGUGUGCAUAAGUUUUGUUUAAGUUAUAUAUGAGGUUUUUUUGUCUCUCUUAAAUUGGGUUUAAGUCUUGUAUCUUAGUUUAUUUAUUCAUUAUUGAGAGGCUUGUGUAUCUUUUUCGGCCAUU